UCUCAGUUUGAUCAUUUCUUUACGGACAUCAACAUUCCUUUCGACUGCGAGUUUCUUGUUGUGCACAAGGAAUUCGGCGGCCACAUGGUGGUGGCAGAAGUGUACCGAAUUAGUCCCAAACUUCCCCUUCAGACACGUCGACUGGGCGACUUGCAUUAUCAGAACUUGUACGAACGCAGAAACAAUCUUCAUGGACUUGCCUUCCGAUCUGCUGUCAUCGAAUCUACCAAUCUGCUGUACAUAACAGAAAUGCAGCACAACACGAUCCUGAAAAUCGGCGGGUUCUUUGGAGAAGUGUGGAACGCUUUGCAGAUGCGUCUUAACUUUUCGUCCCAAUUCGUAAAGGCUCCCCAGAACUCAUGGGGUGUGGAGUUACCCAACCAUACCUGGGACGGGGUGAUGGGCUCUAUGGUGCGGGGUGAGGCCAACUUCUCCUCUAUUGGCCUCGCGGCCACCCGUGCACGGAGAAGGGCCAUAGAUUUUCUCACGCCACUUGUGGAAUUAAGGACAGCGGUCUACAUCAGGAAGCCAGGUAUUUCAACAAACUGGAACAACUUUCUGGACCCCUUCAGCAGUCUGCUCUGGGGGACUAUCCUGCUGACUAUACUGAUCCUAUCAGCCUGCCUCUCGGCAGCGUGGCGUCUCGUCACGCGGACGUCCAAUUUGCCGCUGUGGUACAUCGUGUCCGAGUCCGUAUUCCGCAUAUUCGGGAAUUUUUGUAACCAAGGUCAUGACAUGAAUAUGAAUUCGUCGGCCUGCCGUAUGAUAAUUAUGACGUCAUACGUGACGACAACAGUGUUACUGGCAGCCUACUCAGCGGCGCUUGUAUCGUUCAUGACGGUCCAGGACUUCAAACUUCCGUUCUCGUCCUUCCAGGAGCUGCUGCAACUCAGGCACUACCGGCUUGGGACACUGGCAGGGAGCGCUCAGAUAAGCUACUUCGAACAAUCACAGGACGCUCUCAUGAGAGAGAUGUACAGACGGAAGAUACAGCCGGAAGUGGACCGCCUGCCGCGCGGCGUGUACGAAGGCCUGACGACGCUGUGCACAAGGCACCGGUAUGCUUACUUUGCUUCAGUGCCGGACGCCGAGAUGAUGAAAGCGUCGCUGCCUUGCGCCGUGGUGCAUGUUCCAGGCACUGCUAUUCGCUCCUACCUCAGCUUUGCCAUCUCGAAACGGAGCCCAUACAAGGGAGUCCUCGAACACUAUUCCAUGAGGCUCGCAAGUAACGGCGUCAUAAAGCGACUUUACAGACAGCAAUAUUCGGCGAGGCCUUUUGGCAACGACGCCAGUUCCCAGCAGAUAGACAUCCAGGCGGCUUCACCCCUCCUCGCGGUGCUGGGCGCGGGUAUGCUGCUGUCCGUACUGCUCCUUGCAGGAGAGCUAACCGUGAGCCGCCUCUCCGUCACGGCUCAUACAGGACGGUACAGCGAAACGGUUCCGUCACCAAAGGGUCGACAUAUUCAAAAGGGAUACGAGAGACGUCCGCUAAAGAAAGGAAAGGGACUGAAGUUCUGUAACCAGCGUCAGGACGAGGCUAUGGAAACAUCGGCAUUCAGGACAUGCCACCGAUGUCUGCAGCCGCAGCAGAGGAAGUUGUUACAGCACACGGAAAUGACGUCACGUACUACACUGUUAUAUGACAGGGGAGGAGAAUACACCGAGCAGAUGAAAUUGUGAAGUAAAAACAAAAAAUGCAUGUUUAUUAAUGUCAACGAUAGGUCAGACAGUGUUGCGUCACCAUCGCUCACCAGACACCAAACAAGCAGUAAAGCUAUUGACUAGCAUUUGGAAGGUUCCCUGCAUGCCAACUACCCCAGAUGACCAGUGUUUUCCUCAGUCCACCUAUAGAAAUGUCACGAUAGUACCUAAAUUAGGUUAUAACCCUUACCUUUCAAAUCCCUUCCAAUUCAUCAUUCAUUAACUAACCUACCAUUCGACGCGAUAAAGUCUGAGCGUGUUAAUUACGUCAUUAAACGAUGCCGUCACUAUCGAGUUUAUGUAGUGUAGAUGGUAGGAUUAACAGUUAGUGGAACGAGAACUGGCAGGGGAAACCGAAGUAUCCGGGAAUAAUCCAUUCCAAAGCCACUCUGACACCCACAAAUCCCAUAUGCCCCGGCCUAGGAUCGAGUCCGUGCCUUUACUAAUAUGGGACGUAUACAUUUAAAUGCACGCUACAGUU